CACCUCCUCCAACACAAUUGGUGCAAACAAAGUGUGGGCAAAAUGGAAUGAUGAUCCGCAAAUGGUCUCCUUCUGUCUCCCGUUUGGGGUCUCCUUUUAACACCACCCUUCCACCUUUCACUCUCUUUAUCCACUCACUUGUGACCAAUUUAGGCAUAAAGUUUACACCUUUGAGCCAAAAAAUAACAAAUUCCCAAUUGGGUCUCACUUGAAAUUCACAAUCUUGUGUGAUCCAACAAUGGAAUACUCCAUCUUGUGCUUGUAGCUGCGUGAUUGUGAGGGAAAUCCAUCCAUCAUCAUAUUAUUAUAAUAACAAGACUAGAACAAGGCAAUCUUUACUGAUUUCGGAGUAAUGAUGGCGGUGACUUCGGCCUGCAAAGGGGACUCAAUGGGGUCGAUGGACAAUGGGAAAUAUGUUCGGUACACACCCGAACAAGUCGAAGCUUUAGAAAGAUUGUACCAUGAUUGCCCUAAACCGAGCUCACAUCGCAGACAACAACUCAUUCGUGAGUGCCCGAUCCUCUCCAACAUCGAGCCCAAACAGAUCAAAGUCUGGUUUCAGAAUCGAAGAUGUAGGGAAAAGCAACGAAAAGAGGCAUCAAGGCUGCAAGCUGUGAAUCGGAAGUUAUCAGCAAUGAAUAAGUUAUUAAUGGAGGAGAAUGAUCGGUUGCAGAAGCAAGUUUCUAACUUGGUGUAUGAAAACGGCCACUUCCGUCAACAGACUCAAAACAUGGCGCUCGUCACCACAGACACGAGUUGUGAGUCGGUGGUGACGAGCGGUCAACACCACUCUAGCCCUCAACAUCCGCCGAGGGAUGCUAGUCCUGCAGGGCUUUUGUCAAUUGCAGAAGAGACUUUAACAGAGUUUUUAUCAAAGGCAACAGGGACUGCUGUGGAGUGGGUCCAAAUGCCUGGGAUGAAGCCUGGUCCGGAUUCCAUUGGAAUCAUUGCUAUUUCUCAUGGUUGCGCCGGUGUCGCAUCACGUGCAUGUGGUCUCGUCGGUCUCGAACCUACACGAGUUGCUGAAAUCCUUAAAGAUCGGCCAUCAUGGUAUCGUGAUUGCCGAGCUGUGGAUGUUCUCAACAUGCUCACAACCGGGACUAAUGGAACCAUUGAGCUGCUUUAUAUGCAGCUAUAUGCACCAACUACUUUAGCACCGGCACGCGACUUCUGGUUGCUGCGUUAUACAUCUGCUUUGGAGGACGGUAGCCUAGUGGUUUGUGAAAGAUCAUUGAACAACACUCAAAACGGUCCUACUAUGCCACCAGUGCCACAUUUCGUGAGAGCCAAAGUUCUGCCAAGUGGAUACCUUAUACGGCCCUGUGACGGUGGCGGCUCGAUCAUUCACAUAGUUGACCAUGUUGACUUUGAGGCCGGAAGCGUUCCAGAAGUUUUACGCCCUCUAUACGAGUCAUCCACAUUACUUGCCCAGAGGACAACACUUGCAGCUUUUCGCCAGUUGAGGCAGAUUUCACAAGAGAUUUCUCAACCGAUGGUCACUAGUUGGGGGAGAAGACCGGCCGCUCUUCGUGCACUUGCCCAACGAAUGAGCAGAGGUUUUAAUGAAGCCAUUAAUGGUUUUACUGAUGAGGGUUGGACAAUGAUGGAAAGUGACGGAAUCGAUGAUGUCACCGUUCUUGUUAACUCGUCUCCCGAUAAAGUGAUGGGUGCAACUCCGAUGUAUGCAGAUGGAUUUCCGUCGAUUGGUCAUGCAGUUCUAUGUGCUAAAGCUUCAAUGCUCUUACAAAAUGUGCCUCCUGCAAUACUUACAAGAUUCUUAAGAGAACACCGAUCUGAAUGGGCUGAUAGCAGCAUCGAUGGUUAUUCGGCUGCAUCGGUUAAAGGUGGUUCAUGUGGCAUACCGUUGGCUAGAAGUGGCGGCUUUGGUGGUCAAGUUAUUCUUCCAUUGGCUCAUACCAUCGAGCACGAGGAGUUUAUGGAGGUUAUUAAGCUUGAAAACACGUCUCACUAUCGGGCAGACGACAUGCUCAUGCCCGGAGAUAUUUUCUUCUUGCAACUUUGUAACGGAGUUGACGAAAACGCGAUUGGUACAUCCGCCGAACUUAUAUUCGCUCCGAUAGAUGCAUCUUUCACCGACGAUGCCCCUCUCCUACCUUCGGGUUUUCGUAUAAUCCCAGUUAACAAUAACUCACAGAACCCGACCCGUGACCUUGCGUCAACUCUCGAAGUGGGCCCACCUGGGAAACGAACAGCGGCAGAUUAUGUUGGUCAAAGCGGGUCAACGAAAUCCGUUAUGACCAUAGCGUUUCAGUUUGCUUUUGAAAUUCAUCUUCAAGAAAGUAUAGCUGCUAUGGCUAGACAGUACGUGCGCAGCAUAAUAGCAUCUGUUCAACGGGUCGCGUUAGCCCUCUCACCUUCGUCUUUCGGCCCACGGAGUUUACAAACCCCGUCGGGUACCCCCGAAGCCCAAAUGCUAGCCGGUUGGAUCUGUCAAAGCUUUCGAUGCUUUCUCGGUGAAGAUCUGUUCAAAACGGUUGACGAACGAAGCGAUACCAUGCUUAAAACACUUUGGCAUCAUUCGGAUGCCAUAAUGUGUUGUUCUUUGAAGGCGUUGCCGGAUUUCACUUUUGCAAAUCAGGCGGGGUUAGAUAUGCUCGAGACGACGUUGGUUUCGCUUCAAGAUAUUACUCUCGACAAGAUUUUUGAUAGAGGUGGAAGAACGAGUAUUUGUUCUGAGCUCCCACAGAUUCUACAACAGGGGUUUGCUUGUUUUCCGGGUGGAGUUUGUUUGACGAGUAUGGGGAGACCCGUGUCGUAUGAACGAGCUGUGGCAUGGAAGGUACUGAACGAUGAAGAAAGUCCUCACUGCAUAGCGUUUGUGUUUGUCAACUGGUCGUUUGUUUGACCGCAUGAAAGUCAAAAGAAAACUUGUUAUGUUUAGAAAGACUAGUUUAGAAAGGCAAGUAUGUUGCAUACUAUUAUAGUGUAUUCGAAGGGCCAUGGCCUUAUUUUGUUGUCCUACACUUAUGUGUUUGGUUAUUUAAGUUUAUAAAAUCUUUGUGCUUGUUACUCCUAUUUAAAGAUGAA